AUGGAGAGAACCAUCCUGGCCAAACCCUCCCGUGAACUGCUGACGGGAGAGUUUUCCAGAGAACCUGGCAAGAAGCAGCGUGAACGUGCUGAUGUGAGUUUCGACGCUAAUCUUCUGAGAUCUCAUGGAUGGAAUUCCGUGGACGCAGCUGCUGCAUCAGCGCUCGGGCUGUGCUGUUCUGUUCAGAAGCGACCCAUAAAUAGCGGAGCCGCCCGCGGCCGGCACAGCGGAACCGCUCGCAGAGGCACAAUGACUGAACAGCAAAGUCCCCCCGAGCAGAUGGCGACUGGGGAGGGUGCUGGAGAGCGAGGUGGCAACUACAAGAUCACAAUCUACGAGCUGGAGAAUUUCCAGGGAAAGAAGUGCGAGCUCACGGAGGAGCUCCCAAACAUCACCGAGAAGGAGAUGGAGAAGGUUGGCUCCAUCCAGGUGGAGUCUGGCCCGUGGUUGGGCUUCGAGCGACAAGCCUACGCCGGGGAGCAGUUCGUGCUGGAGAAGGGUGACUACCCUCGCUGGGACUCCUGGUCCAACAGCCACAACAGCGACAGCCUCAUGUCCAUCCGCCCCCUCCAGAUCGACAGCCCCGACCACAAGAUCCACCUCUUUGAGAACGCAGGCUACACCGGCAGGAAGAUGGAGAUCGUGGAUGACGACGCCCCCAGCCUCUGGGCCCACGGGUUCCAGGACCGCGUGGCCAGCGUCAAGGCCCUGAACGGAACGUGGGUGGGCUACGAGUACCCUGGGUAC